AUGACCCAUUAUGGGUUCAAGGAAUUUGCUUCAAAGGGAAGGAAGGGGGCGGAGACAGGGGAAAAGCAGAUGGCAGAGGAGAUAGAUACGACAAAGCCUGUCGGCCAGGAGGGAGACCGAAAGAACACAAUUCAACCCGAUUACUUCUCAGUCAAAACUCUUCACUCCGCCGACUCGGACAGAAAGAAGUUCGACAAGGAGGUCGGCAUUCUCAAAGCCAUGAACAAAAAGCCGCACCCACAUAUCAUCACCCUAUUGGUCACGUACGAGUAUGACGAGAAAUUCCAUUUUCUCUUCCCGCUGGCCGACUAUGACCUUCUCCAGUACUGGAAAUCAGGAAACAAGUCACAAGCCCACAAUGACGAGGACAAGGACGAUCACACUGGGGAGGUGUGGGCUGAGGUGAAAGACUCUGUUGCGCAGUUCGCCGAUGACAUGCGCGAAAGAUCGGAAUGUACAAGGUUUUUCCACGAUUUCUUGGAUUUGAUUCAGCACAGAAUGCUGGUCAUCGACCCGAAGCAAAGCUCCUCCCAGUUGGAGGAACAACUCAGAGAAUUAAAGGAUAGAGGCGAUCUCGACGUGGGAUAUUUCGUGAGGCAGAGGUAGAAGUGACAUUACAUGGUGCAUGCUAGGCCGUGGCUUGGUCGGUCCACCUUUUGUAUACCUUAGACAGUAGAUGCUUUCUCUGCUUUUAUUUCCCAAAUUUACAGAUACCCCGG